AUGUUCAUUCAGUUAGAUAAACAGUCACCUAUCGUGACGAAAUUGUACUCGUUAUUCGCACCGACAAACACCAUCGAACAAGCUAAGCGUAAUGUUUCUGCGCACUACGACGUUUCGAACGAGAUGUUUGCCACCUUCCUGAGCCCAGAUAUGACAUACUCAUGCCCGCUAUGGCUCCCCCCGCAAGACAUAGAAUAUAAACACGACGAUCUCGAAAAGGCACAACAACGCAAACUUCUAUACCAUAUCAAGGCAGCUCGGAUUAAAUCCUCAGAUCACGUCCUUGAGAUCGGCACAGGUUGGGGCAGCUUUGCCAUUCAGGCGGUGCGUGAGACUGGAUGCACGUUGACUACCGUUACUCUGUCUACGGAGCAAAAGGCAUUGGCUGAAAAGCGAAUUGAUGCUGCAGGGCUCGCCGACAAGAUCACAGUCUUGCUUUGUGACUUUCGGGAGAUCCCCAAACUAACGGCAGGUCGUCGGUUUGACAAGGUUGUGUCUAUUGAGAUGCUUGAACACACGGGGAUCGAAUAUCUACAUGAGUAUUUCGGAGUGAUCAAGGAUCUAUUGAUGGAAGAGGGCGCCAUUGCAACGUUCCAGAUAUAUCCCGGAGGAUAUCUGCCCACCUUAACAGAGGCAAUUAAGGCGAUCAAUAAAGGAGCAGGCGACCAUUUCAUAAUCGACAGAAUCGAAAAUUUUGGUGGCCUGGGCAGAGCGUUUCAGGCGUGGGGCAAGACCUUUGACCGAGACUUUGACUCUCGAAUACGCCCCGACAUGGUUACGAGGAAUCCGCAGUGCUGCGAUACGGAGAUAGAAGAGUUCAGACGAAAAUGGCGGGCAAGCAUCUACUCAUCUGUUACAAACUGA